AUGUCGCUGCUCCAACUCCUUCGCGAGCGCCUUGCCCGGGCCUGGUCGGGCACCGACCGCCUCACCACCCUCAGCCGCCAGGACGUUGCGCGCCUGCUCACGCACCCGGACGUGCUGCUGGUCGACGUCCGCGAGCCCCCCGAGUACGCCGCCAACCGCAUCCCCGGCGCGCGCAACGUCCCGUUCCGCUCCUGUCCGGACGCCUGGGCGCUCGAGCCCGACGCCUUCCGCUCCGCCUUCGGCUUUGCCAAGCCACCGCCCUCCCAGAUGCUCGUGCUCUACUGCAAGUCCGGCGCCCGUGCGUCGGCGUCCGCGGAGCGGGCGCUGCUCGCGGGCUACUCGGACGUCUCUACGUACCCGGGCUCGAUGGAUGACUGGCUGGCCCAUGAGGAUCAGCAGACCCCGGCCGCCGGCCAGGACGAGGGCCCACGCCAGCACUAG